AUGGCGCAGGCUGACCAUGUUCAACAUUUCGAUCGCCUGCGCCUAAAGUCGGAUAGUGAAGAAGAUGAUCUUGCUUUGCUUACCGAGGACGGAUCCUUCAACAUGAAGCGAUCCCUACAAAAGCCCUCGGUGCACUCGCGGCCAUCUCUCCGAGGGUCUACCGCGAGUCAAGACACCAUCCGGGCCACUGCCACUCCUCCCAUGAACAUCCCGGCAAUGAACGAGACUUCAGCCGUGACUGACGAGACAUCCAACCCGUCCACAUAUAUUGACCAUUACAUGCGCCACAGGAAUCCGUCGGUUAGCUUCAACAGUGAGAUCAAACUGGAUUCAGGCCAGAGUCAGAGCAUGGCGGAGCCGCUGGAGAAACCUACAAAGGCCCUGCAACGUGGCCGCUCGUCGAAGCAGCCGAUUACCGAUGGGAGACGGUCAUCACGGGCGCACAGUGAGUCAGGACGGUCACACUAUGAUCCUGUCACUGGCCGGUAUGUGGGCGGAGACUCGCAGAGCCCCCCGAGGGACCACGCUCGUAUCGGGGAGGGCCGCUUCCCUUUGUUACAGACCACUGUAGACGAAAUGGCCAGAGAAACUCGUCCGAAUCUGGCCCUGCCCACGUCGACACGGUCAGAAUCGACCAUGUCUCCUCCCAGCGAGGCCGUGCUGACCCCCGAGGCGGAUGACAACUACUUGUUAUCUCCCACGACUAUUUCGCCCAGCGCUCAGCCGUUCUCCUACGACGCGCCCAAGUCAUUUAGGCGCACUGCGUCGCAGAGAUGGAGGGAGGGCGAACUCAGCUCCUCUCCACAAGACUUCUUCUCGCGCGCCGGAAGUCUGCGCAAUAAAAGUCUACGCGACGCUGCCGGGCGUGCCUCGCGGCGAGACACCUCAGGCUCGACCAGAUCUCCCAGGUCAGCAGCUUCUUCGUACCUUCGAGCAUUCUCGAUCAGCAGCGGAACCAACGGCGAUGCUGGAGACCACGGGCCUAUCGCCUGUGAUGCGGAGGGCCAGACGAUCGGUGAUGAUUACGUGCUCGGCAAACAGAUAGGUUACGGGGGCUUCAGCACGAUCAAACAGGUGACGCAACUCCAGGAUGGCAGGCAACGCACACUGGCCGUCAAGAUCGUUCGUCGACAGAUUGAGCACAAGAGUGAAGCGGAGAACGAGCAAGCUCAAGCCGAGUUCGAGCAUGAAGUUGAACUGUGGCGCUUUCUCAACCAUCCUAACGUCUUACCCCUUGAAGCGGUCUACAAAUUCGACGAGGCCACCUUCUGUUUCAUCCCCCUCAAUACGGGCGGGACGCUCUUUGACCUGGUCCGGGUCAACCGUAACGGCGUUCCCCACGAACUGGCGAAGAGCUACUCGUACCAGCUCGCGUCGGCGCUGCGCUAUCUCCACCUCGACGCACGAGUCGUGCACCGCGACGUCAAGCUUGAAAACUGCCUGAUCGAACCCGGCAGCAACGGAGAGCCGGGUCUCUUGCGGCUCUGCGACUUUGGAAUGGCGGAGUGGCUCUCCACUGAUAGCAACUCCGGGCCGCCGAGCCCGCGUUUCAACCACACCGACCGUCCGCCUCAGAAACACAUCGGACCAGCAGACACGUCGACGUCGGCUUUCGCAGGCGGAAGCCUCGAGUAUGCUGCUCCCGAGAUCCUCCGGGUGGCCGAGCGGAUCACUGACUCUGGACAAGCCGAACGCGCCAUCGUCUCGCCUGCGGUCGACAUGUGGGCGUACGGCGUGUGCGUGUACAGCAUGGUCGUGGGGUCGCGUCCGUUCCAGAACUCCUUCCAGCCCCGUGUUGUCAUGGCCAUUCUGGCCGGCAACUGGAACUGCGACGUACUGCGCGACAAAGCCGGCGACGACGUGGUCGAGGUGGUCAGUGGAUGUCUCGACAUGGACGAGUCGGAGCGCUGGGACGCCGUGAGGGUCAUGGACUCUGCUUGGCUCGAAGAACUGGCAGAGAAGGACCACAGCCUGCAACACGCCGCCAACGGUUGGCGACUAUGA